AUGAGCCAAGAAACCCAAACAGCGGCGCUGUACAGCCAGCAGCGCGAGGCAGGCUCAGUUCGCACUGCGUUACCAACUAGGCCAAUGUCAUCGAAACCCGACGAUUGUCCCGCUCCCACUUCUCAGGAACGGACUAGACUUCCUACCGGCACAGAAAACCACGACCAUCGCCAGAGACUGAGUGGAACUCCACCUGGUUCCAAAACAAGCCCAACACCAGGCAUCAUGUCAAAGCAACAAAGCCCUGUGGCAGAUCUUGGCCCGAAAGCGAGCCCGCCUCCUGCUAAUGGUGGUAGCCAAGGUCAAGUUUGCAGUAACUGCGGAACUACUCGAACACCCUUGUGGAGAAGAUCACCCCAAGGCGCUACAAUCUGCAAUGCCUGUGGUCUCUAUCUGAAAGCCAGGAAUGCGUCUCGCCCAACCAGCCUCAAGCGACCGCCGAAUGUCGUGCCCGCGGAUCCUCCUCAAGCUGCAGCACCCAAACCCUCCACAUCUGCAGCAUCAAAAACUGCGUCGAACGCGACAUAUGUAUCUGCCGACCAAACUCCUGGAGGGACAUGCCCUGGUGGUGGCCGUUGUAAUGGAACAGGUGGCGCAGAGGGCUGUAAUGGAUGCCCGGCUUACAACAAUCGUGUUUCCAAGACUGCCAACCUUGGCGGGACCCAAAAGCGACAGAGCUGCCAAAGUCGAAGUGAAAGCACAAAACCAGAACCAGUUCCCCUCGAUGUAAAUGCUUUACAAAAUCAACAAAAUUCGAACGCCACUGUUGUGAUUGCAUGCCAAAACUGCGGCACCACGAUUACGCCACUCUGGAGGCGUGAUGAGAGUGGCCAUACUAUUUGUAAUGCCUGUGGUCUGUACUAUAAGUUGCAUGGUGUGCAUCGACCCAUGACGAUGAAGAAAUCGACUAUCAAGAGACGGAAACGAAUCAUUCCCGCUUCUCAGGAUGAGGAGAUGGAGGACACAAUGGACUCGCCCGAGCCACACAAUCAGUAUAUUGCCAAUGCAGAGAGGGGAUCAAUGAACGAAGAUGGAUCUGUCAACCUCGGUCUUCGCCGUCGUCCCGACCACCCACUCACGAUCGAGCCUUUACCGUCGAUACGACCCAACAGAACAAUAUCGCCCUUGCCCUCGACGUCUGAUCUCGCUGCGUAUCAUCAGUCGAAUAACCCACGCCACUACACUGGCUCCACAAACGACGAUAACCGGUUGGCCCCCAUGGCAUCGAUGGCAGCCAACGAUGAUAGAAAGACGUCUCUGUCCCCUGCCUCGUUUCUCUCGCCAACACGGAAACGGUCUUUCUCUACUACAGAAGGCGAAGCAUCCACCGCUCAAGAAGCUAGCCAGGAGAGUUCAAAACGGAUUUCCUCGAUAAACCUGAAGUCUAUUCUCAACCCCUCAAUGUCAGCCACUACUCCACCAAAGCUUGGGACAGGAAGCGAUGAUGGCGACUACUCCUUACCACCCAUCCGAUCACCUGGCAGUACUAUUGCCUCAGCCCCCAGCCCCAGCGCCUUCUCCCACCGUGACAACACUCCAGGCGCUGGACCGCGUGAUUUCGAGCCCGAUAGGAUAAAGGCUGAGCGUCGUGCUGCGCUGCAGCGCGAGGCGGACAAGAUGCGAGAAAUGCUUGCUGCCAAAGAGCAGGAGCUACGAGAACUUGGCCACGAUUAA